CUUCCAGGUCCGGGCCGCCCGGGCUUGCCGUGUCCGGGUCUUCCAGGUCCGGGCCGCCCGGGCUUGCCGUGUCCGGGUCUUCCAGGUCUCCCAUGUCCGGGCCGCCCUGGCUUUCCAGGUCUUUCGGGUCUCCCGGGUCUUCCAGGUCUCCCAUGUCCGGGCCGCCCUGGCUUUCCAGGUCUUUCGGGUCUCCCGGGUCUUCCAGGUCUCCCAUGUCCGGGCCGCCCUGGCUUUCCAGGUCUUUCGGGUCUCCCGGGUCUUCCAGGUCUCCCAUGUCCGGGCCGCCCUGGCUUUCCAGGUCUUUCGGGUCUCCCGGGUCUUCCAGGUCUCCCAUGUCCGGGCCGCCCUGGCUUUCCAGGUCUUUCGGGUCUCCCGGGUCUUCCAGGUCUCCCAUGUCCGGGCCGCCCUGGCUUUCCAGGUCUUUCGGGUCUCCCGGGUCUUCCAGGUCUCCCAUGUCCGGGCCGCCCUGGCUUUCCAGGUCUUUCGGGUCUCCCGGGUCUU